CAGCUUCUUUCCCGUCUUCUAGGUUCAGAUACCCUACCUAGUCAAGUCGAAGAAGGCCCAGAAGGCCGACAAUGAGCAAGUAACUACAAGCACUCGCUGGACUGGAAGGUCCCAGUACCUUCAUCACAACUCAGAAAUAAAAGGAUUUGGCGUCAGAUCGGAUGAAUACCCAGUCACACGGAUACCAACCUCAAGGAAAGUGACUCGUUUUAUUACGCAAGGAGUCACCGUUGGUCCCGGCCAAAGACCAACUGUGAGUAGUUGUAUUGGGGCUAGAUCUAGAAUUACAUUCAAGCGGCUGGCUACUGACCAAUAUGCGAGACUGGUCAUACCUACCUUUACUUAAACCCUUGCUCAACGAUGUUGCUUAGAGCCCGACUUCCCUUGUUGAACAACAUCUUCAAGUUCUCUCAAGAUGCCGUGCCGAUCAGCAAUAACGUCCAUGUCCCUGGGCCGUUGCUAUGCCGGCCACGCCUUUUCACGCAAGCUCGACAUGGCACGACUAUACGGUUUCCACGGGAUCGAGCUAGCCUACGAAGAUCUCCAAGACGUCGCACAGCAACUCCCGUCGAAGAGCGAAGUCCACGCGGCCAUGGUCAUUCGCAAGCAAUGCAUGGACAGGGAUAUCGAGAUCCUAUGUCUCCAGCCAUUCCUGCACUACGAGGGCCUGGUCGACCGGAAAAAGCACCUCGAGCACCUCGAGAAGCUGCGCCACUGGUUCCUGCUCGUGAAAGCCCUCGGCACCGACAUGAUUCAGAUCCCCUCCAACUUUCUCCACCGAACCCAGGUAGCCCAAGAAUUCCACGUCGCCCUCGACGACCUCCGCAAAGUCGCCGACCUGGGGCUCAAGGAGAAGCCUCCGGUCCGCUUCUCGUACGAGGCGCUGUGCUGGGGCACGCGCUGCAACACGUGGGAGAUGAGCUGGGAGCUCGUGCGGCGCGUCGACCGCCCGAACUUCGGGCUGUGCCUCGACACGUUCAACAUCGCCGGGCGCGUGUACGCGGACCCGCGGCAGCCCAAGGGGUGCGCGGUGAACUGCUACGACGAGCUGUACAGCUCGCUGACGCGGCUCGUGGCCACCGUCGACGUGCGCAAGGUGUUCUACGUGCAGAUCGUGGACGCCGAGCGCCUCGAGAACCCGCUCGUCGAGGGCCACGAGUUCUACGACGCGGAGCAGCCGGCGCACAUGAGCUGGUCCCGCAACUGCAGGCUGUUCUACGGCGAGACGAGCCGCGGCGGGUACCUGCCCAUCUUCGAGAUCGCAAACGCGAUCUUCAACAAGCUCGGCUACCAGGGCUGGGUCAGCAUGGAGCUGUUCCACCGCCGCAUGGCGGACAAGGACGACAAUGUGCCGAAUGAGCUGGCGAGCAGGGGGGCGGCGGCGUGGUCGAGGCUGGUGCGUGAUAUGAAGCUUGUGGUCGAUGUGAAGGGACGGAGCAAGACUAAGGGUCGGCCUGUUACGAGGUGAUGCUUGCUUCGUAGCAUAUGCAUCAUAUGCAUUGCUUUUGCUUUGGUAUCAGUAAGUUUCCUCUUCUAGUUAGUGUAGUUGACCGUGGAGUAUGGAUACGGCGCCUUGAGGCGGGUUAGAGAUUAGUGACGGAGUUGCAUUAGACUGGGUAUCAUUACAAUUCAAGCGUCAAUUCCA